GCGUCUUUGACUUGGAUGCUGGUGGGGGGCCCUGGCUCGACAACGACGGCCCGGCAAGUGGAUUGCUGGCAUUCUUGCACCUGGCCGCGGGGCUUGCACUUGGGUUCGGGCGCCAAGCCCCGCUGCCUCGUCUGCACCUGAGCAUCCCAUCUCUCUCGACAGGCACCGAUGGUCUGCCACCGGACCCGCAAGUAUCGCCGUCCCUCCUGCCGCCCAGCCGGCGCUCUUGUGCUGGCAACGCUGGCAGUGUUGAUUGCCUUGGCUCCAUCCCCAUGCCGGGCCGCAGGAAGCGUUGUGCACAUCUUCAUGGUCGACGAAGCCGUGCGCUGCACCGAAGCCCCAGACCAGCAGGCCUUCCUGAUCCGCAACCAAAAUGCCCUGCGCAACGGCGCCAUCUUCCCGGACUCUGGAUACAUAUGGAAAGAUACCUACGGAGAGACCGUGCACUGGACCGACUUUGACAAUGCCUUUGUGCGUUUCCUGGCCGAAAGUUGCGCCUUCCCCCUAUCGACCGAGUGCGAAGAGCUGCUCUCGUUCUUCCUGGGCUCGCUGGCUCACGGCGUCAGCGACUGCACAUUCCAUCGAGAGUUUGUCAGUCAGGUUGCUGACCACGACUUUGAUGGCGACUAUGGAGCAGCGCAUUCUUUUGCUGAUCAAGGAGUCGAUCUUGUCGCAAUGGUGGAUUGGAAACGAGAAACGGCCAUUCCUUCCCGAUCGGCGCCGACGCUGGAACUCCAAAAGAUCUUAUUCGACUGCAACGUCACAGUCUCUCGCACCGAACUCGACAUCCGCACCAAGCUGAUGCACCAAACCCUUCGGGACGAGCGAGCGCUGGCACGGACGCUGUAUGGGCCAGCCAAGCGCAAGGGACCCUGGGCCACCGCUAACUACUACAACGCAACCGGAGGCGUGCUGCACUCGGCCCGGGAUAUCGCCUCGAUGUGGGCAAAGAUCUGGGAAAGGCUGGGCUCGAGCGGGUUUGAGCAGCUGGACCGCUUUCGGGUCGUCGGGUCGUCGUUUCCCAACGUCGAGAUUGUUCUGGAGUAGACCCGGCCUCCCACCGGGCCAAUAAACUUGGAAUGGUGGCGAUUUCCAUCUGCCGUCGGCAAUGUCUCGGGCAGAGUCCUUGGACAGGGAUCAAGUCGCUCUCUGGAUGAAUGAAGCUGGUUGUUGGUCCUGGUGGCGAACGACAUGGGGUGUUUCUCGCUCUCGAUCUCGAUAGACCGAGAGCAGCCGAGAGCAGCCGAGAACCCGUAACCGACAAUCAGCUCCACGGCAGGGACUCUGCACCGACCCACUCC